CGGAACUCGAUACUCCUACUAAUAUCUAGGUACUAACCAGUGGAAGAGGCGCUACUCACGGCUGUGACAUACUUCGCGAGGACGGUGGGUAUGCCGCACCGUUUGUUGACAUUCAACAACAGAGCAUUGAGACUGACAGCUCCACAGUUCAGUGGUAGAACACGAGCAGCCUGCGAAUACCUCAGCUCUUCGCAAUGUCGACUCCUGUCCGUCCUUCCACUCCAGUUACACAAUCAGCUCCUUCCACCCCCACAACAGGCACAUGGAAACACCCGAAGCUAGAUGAGAUUGUGAGGAGGCAGAAUGCUGCUAGAUUCUCCGCAGACGACGUGAAGAAAGUGCUAUACAAUGUUGCUGGCAUCGCGGCGGUCUGCUUGCUAGGGCGCUCAGUGUGGGAUAGCUUUCCGGCCAUGUUCCACCCAGGCAAGGCCCUCCAACCCUACGCAGAUUACGUCUACCACUCCUUGAACGUUGUCUUCGUCUUCAAUAUUAUCAUGGCAUGUCUACCUCUCUUCCGAAGCAGGGAUGACAUCUCCGAUAUAGCCUUGACUCCAGGUCAGCGCAAACUUAUGGGCCUACCACCUAUCUCAACGCCUCCAACUCCUGGCUCGCGAUAUAUCACCCCGCCGAGAUAUGCCAGAACACCUACGCCUUUGAGUGGCUCACCAGCAAGCAGGGGCAACUAUUCGGGAUCACCUCUGUCAGGCAAGGGAAGCCCGUCGUCAGGUAGUAUGUCGGGGACGCCGUUCUCGCCUGGGGCAAGUCCGUUAUUGCAGAAGGCGAUGGGUGGAGGAUUGAAUGGGAACAGGAGACAUUCGUACGGCUCUCCAAGUCCGUUAGGGCCAGGAGUACCCAGAGUGCCAGAGACGCCUGGAACGCCCAGUCCGACGGCGAAGGGUGUCAACGUGGGGUUAAAUAGCAAGUGGCUUUACGACAAGACGAGAAGGAACUCCGGAAAUUCAAGGCUGUAUACAUAGAUGGUUUUGAUGGGGAGAAUGAUUUUGUAUGAUUGAGCAGAUACCCUUCAGCUUCGCUUUGGCAGAAUCCAAGCAUGAGUUGAGCCAUAGAACUUUCUACCGAUAAGAUAUGGGUGCAAAACAUUCCAGGAG